AUGCUAAGCGGCCAGACUCAGCGCAGAUACGGCAUACAUGAGAGGAAGCUUGAGCCUGAGAACAUCAAAGACAUUAAAAACAUGCUGGAUCGAUCGUCUGCCGGCACAAAGAUCAAAAACUACAAAGUGAUCUCUGGCCUCAUGUUCUUUGAGGUCCGCCAUCGCAGAUGGCACAAAGGACUGCACCAGGUCGCAGAUGUUCGGCGUUAUCUGGUCCUCGGGCAAGACAACAAUGAAGAAGGCUACCUUGCUGCAAUGUAUCUCACGGACUUGGCACACAGCGCUAUCACUACCCACGGGACGACGCUUAAGGACACCAGAGGUGGAUUCCCUGAAGUCGAUUUCUGCUCGCUGUUACAAUUGAAAGGAUUGACCAAACGUGGCAAUCCAAGCAAAAGCUAUGACGCUCAUUUGAGAACUCGUAAAAAGUUUUGCAAAGCGGUCCUUGGACAGCUCAAAGACUCAUUAACUUGGAAAAGUCAAGAUUGGAAGGCGGUCUUAGAUGAGAUCAACAGCUGCAAGCAUUUGCUACGUGAUAACGACGACAACGAGAAACAUGAAUCCGAGGCCGAUGAUCCUGAUCCUGCCCAUGGUCGCAAUGACGAUGACAAUCCUGAUUCUGACGAUGACUCUGAGGACAAGUUCUACUCAUACCGCAGGCCCAAGUCUGAGCAUGAACUAGACUCUGAUGGUGACCUUGAUUUGGAUGUUGAAGAAGAUCGCCCUGAUUCGGACGAUGAAGGCAAUCUUCCUGACUUGGACGAUGAAAGGAAUCGUCCUGACUCGGACGAUAAAGACGAUCAUCAUCCGAGCUCUCGCGAAGAUCGUUUCGAUGACAGCGACCAUCCUGGCUCAAGCAACGGGGGCGAUGAGGACGACGGCGAACUUCCGAAAUUCGGCGGUUCUCGAAAUCUUGACAAUGACAUGGACAUCGACGAGAUUCUGUUCGAAGUCCGCAACAAUCUCUCACCAAGUCCAUCAGUUCGGAGCCGAUCGCAAAAUCGAUCACUGGGAUACAUUCUAGUUGACGACGAUAUCGACGUGGAUGUUGGUCUUUCAGCGGCACAUCAGUCGCCAGCUGGACCCAAAAUCGAGACGAUGUCUCCUGAACCUCAAAUAAUCACCCAUCGUACACGACUCGGUCGCGAGCCAAUUCCCUUCGACACAACACAAGAUGACUCGACCAGCUACAUCGACUUGACAGAAGACCCAAUCAUCGAAGUCAUUGAGAUUGAGGACUGA